UCAAAUACAACUAAGACAGCGCAAUUUUAACAUUUUGAACAUCAUUAUUGCUAUAAUUUAUAAUCGUUUCAUUUUUCUUAUUUAUUUGUAUAAAUAUUUCCUAAUACUGUUUUUAAUAAUUACUAGGCGGAAGUAAAGUACUGUCAGUUAUAUGAAGAAACGUGUAGAAGAAUGUACUAAUUGUUAGAUAAUUAUAAAAUAUGGCUGGUUUUGGCGAUUAUAGUGGUUAUAAUCGGCCAUACGGAUUAGAUCCUAAUAGGGAGACUAAUGAUAUAUAUGACACCCGUUACCAACAAAUUUACGGCUAUCAUACCCCCUUAACUGAAGAAUAUCAAGGUCCGCCCUUGGUAAUGGACGAUGCUCCAGAUGAAGAAAACAAUGCCUAUGUAACUACAGCCAUAAGUGUCGCAAGUCUUGUAACCGAAAAUUUAUUAAGUCAUCCAUUUAUUGUGCUUAGAAGACAAUGUCAGGUACACAACAGCUUGAGGAACUACCAUAUUGUGCCAUACACUCUUCUACCGGUUGUGGUAAGAUUGCAUAGAAGGCAAGACUUCACCACACUGUGGAAAGGAAUUGGCUCCACAUGCAUUGUGAAAGGUCUUAAUUUGGCUGUUGAAGAUGUAAUGUCGAAGGGAACAGGAUGGCCAAAGGAAAUUGGAAAGUGCAGCUCAGUUUUACAAUUUUUACAACAUUUGACUUUGAAAUGUAUAAGCAUAGCAAUAGUCACUCCUUUCUAUUCUGCUAGUCUAGUAGAGACAGUGCAGAGUGAUAUUGCAAGCGAUAAACCUGCUUUAUUGGAUGUAUUCAGAGAAGGUUUUGUGCGGAUUCUGGAAUGGGGAACUCCAAGUCGUGGCAGGAUGCUACCCAUAUGGGCUAUUGUAUUGCCGACAGUCUCUCUUGGCAUUUCAAAAUAUUUUGCUCAUAUUUUAUUAAGAAGUGUAACAGUAAGAAUCCUACGCUUCCAACAGAGACACAAACAUGAAUUAAAUGAUUCAUAUAAUGUCAAUUAUACUAAGAAUGCACAAAAUCCUCUAAUAGAAGAUAUGAAUUUAAAGGCCAAUAUUUUCUCCUUUAUAACCAUGGAAAUCCUAUUCUACCCAGUUGAGACUAUCAUACACAGACUACAUAUACAGGGAACAAGAACAAUAAUAGACAACUUAGAUACAGGAACAUCUGUAACACCUAUCCUAACGGGUUACCAAGGGUUUAUGGAUUGCUACAACACAACCAUCGCCAAAGAGGGCUUGGGUGGCCUGUACAAAGGUUUUGGUGCCCUAGUGCUACAGCUUGCUGCACAUUUAGCUAUAAUAAAACUAACAACAUUAGUAGUAUCAGAAAUGUCUAAUCUCCUUAAACCAGCUAGCACCCCAACUAAUUCAGAGGAUUCUGUUCAUUCACAACAAAAGUAUUUGUUUAAUUAAUUUAAGGCUAGCUAUGAGCGGCAAAUUGUUUGUAUGUCCUGAUAUACAAAUGUAACUCAUUAAAUCUACAUUGUACUAGUAAAUUGAGUUUACUUUUUUAUUGUUUUAAAUAGUUGUGAUUAUAUUUUUUAUCUUAACGUAGAUCAAAGAUAUCAAUAGAUAAAAGUUUUUUUUAAGUUUGUUGCUUAGAUUUAAGAAAAAUGGCUAAGUUCUAAUUUAACUGUUGAAAAUAAAACACAUAAUAUUUAUUUUA